CUUUAGAAGAACUGACCACAUGAACCAACAUCGUCCUGUAACUAUAUAUCUCCUCUGGAUUUCACAGAUGAGGUUUACUCUGAUAUUCUGUGACAAUAUAAUACUAAUACUCAAUACUGUUGCACAACAACCCAUAAUAUUGUGUGCAAUCGUUUGAUUUUCCAGGUCGGAUGCGGCCUUAACCUGGGAAGUCCAUCCUCAGCAUCAACCAUGGAUGAGUUUACGGCAGACGCCUUCGUCAACCGCGAAGACCCCAUUCCUGUCAUUUCAGUCUCGUCGCAGCCAGCCGAAGAUAGCCCCAGGCCAGCUGGAAGGGACAACGACAAUGUUUCUGUUGCAUCCGCUCUAUCUGCCCGGCGACUGAAGCAAAAAUUCCAAGGCAUGAAAUCCGAUGCGAAAUCACUGGGUGGUUGGUCUGCUGGGUCCUCUCUUCAGGAACGGCUGUUAACAAAACUAUGGCAGCAGGUUUUACCUGGGGAAGAUCCUGGGGAUGAGUCCGAAGCUGUGGCCGGCAAACCUCCCACUGUCCACGUUGACCGCCCUGCUUUCAGCCUUCCUACAAUGAGCAACAACUUCCGACGUUUUAAUGCUAGAAUUGGCAUUGUAUUUCUUUUCCAGGAGCGCGUGACCAACGUCCUGAGCUGGCAAACCCCAACUCACACCUUGUCUUUCCUUUCCGUCUACUCGUUUAUUUGCCUAGACCCAUACUUACUGAUGAUUCUCCCAUUUGCUGUCUUUUUGCUCUUUAUUAUGGUCCCGGGAUUUCUUGCUCGUCAUCCACCCCCGCCCGCCUCUGCAUCGACCUCUAGCACUACUGCGUACUACUCAUACGAUGGGCCGGCUCUUGCUCCAGCACAGACUAUUAAACCCGUCUCAGAAACUUCAAAGGACUUCUUCCGUAACAUGCGAGACCUCCAGAAUAGUAUGGCAGAUUUUGCGAACCUGCACGAUGCCACCGUAGCUCUGUUGUCCCCUGCCACAAACUUUUCUGAUGAAACAUUAUCAUCCACCGUUUUCCUCCUACUCACCAUCCUAUCUGCUAUUCUGUUUUUAACGGCCCAUCUAAUCCCAUGGCGUAUGCUGUGCCUUGUUGGUGGGAACGCUGCUAUUAUCGCAAGCAAUCCUAGCGUUGCUGCCUUCAUGCAAGAAAUCGGGCAUCAGAUGAAAGACGCAACCGCUGAAGCCCAGAGUACGGCCGGCGACGCCUUCUACAACGUUUUCGGAAUCCCGAUUCCGUCAUCGCCGUCUGCGCUCCUCACAUUACUUAAAUCUACUGCUGCAAUUUCACUCGAUACGUACCCAGAAGAGCGAGAAGUGGAAAUUUUCGAGCUCCAGCACAAAACGCUCUCGCCAUACACGGCAACUUCGGACUGGGAGUCGUUUGUUUUCACCCCCACUCCCUAUGACCCGCUAUCUCCAUCUCGUAUCGCAGGCGAUCGACCAAGGGGUACACGGUUCUUUGAGGACGUCAAGGCACCGCCGGGCUGGAAAUGGAAAGGCAAGAAGUGGCAGCUGGACCUCGAAUGCCGCGAGUGGGUGAUAGAGCGGAUGAUUACGGGUGUCGCGUUUGAAGUUCCGGGUUCCAGCGAUAAUGCGGUGCCUGAGGAGGUCGGAGGCUGGGUCUGGGAUUUACCAUUCCACCCUCCUGAUGAGGACGCGUAUAACAAUGAUGGCUUAGCGUAUGGGGCCAGCUAUGAAACCAAGGGGAAAGAUAAUGAAGCUGAACAGAAAGGGAAUUCCAAGGGGAAGGGGAAGCUGGCCAAAGCAGACUUUGAAGAAGGCGUUGCUGGGAUUGGCGGGACGGGAGAAUGGAGACGGCGGAGAUGGGUUAGAGUUGUGCAGCGCGCCAGUGUUGAUGACAGAAGCUCUGAUACUGGGUAAAAUUGUAUAAUUAGCUGAUUUGCGUAUGGGGUUAUUAUGCAUAUGAGAUAUGAUGCCCCGUGUGCUAAUUGUAUCGAUGAUGUUACGAUUACGAGUCAAAUGGAUGUUUAUGCUGAAUAGUUCGUGAUACCAUCUUUCAACUAGUAGUU